GAGAGCGAGAAUCUCCUCUCUAGUCAGUAUAUUUCCCUGCCCGUGUCUGAUCUGCUUCCCAGGGAUAAAGGGAUAAACGGAUAAACGGAUAAACGGAUAAACGGGGAGUGCUAACGUGAAGGUUCGUUGCUUCUCACAGGCCAGAACCUUGGGACAGGGAUUUUGCCCCGGAGAGAUUCAUCGCAACGACCACCACCUGCGCGUCGUGUUUCCCCCUGUCCACCACGCUGCCUUCACGACCGCACAAACCCUCUCGUGCCCGCGCUCGAAAGCAUCUUAUCCCCCCCCCUCUCUCACGACGACCAUUUUCCGACUUUGUACUUAUACUUUGUUUCUUGAUGCCAAUUACGAUACCCAGUGCUGGUCUCCGCGCUCUGUAAUUUCAGCUCGACCCCAGAGAUAGCGUGACCGUUACCAGAAAAGUUUAUUUCUGCACGACGACAUCUUUCUCAAGAGUAUAUAUUUUCUUAUAGAAUUCUUCUCGACGGCAUCUUCUGCCCUUUCACCUGUGAUACCCGUACGAGCGUGAACGACGGCGGACCCCCAUACGACCCUCUCCGAGCAAACGACUACCCGUAUGAACAAUUACCCGGCGCAUCUAGUUUGCAACAACGGACCCGGACACCAGCAUUCGGAUCCCCGCCAGCUGCGGCACGAAGAAGGACCCCCCUAGAUCAAGAUGUUCUGGCGAUUUGGCGGAUACGCCAACAUCUCCGCCAUCGACACCCUGCUCGAGAAGCCCGAUGUGACGCUCGAGGAGCUGCUGGAGGAGAGCGACCUGAUCCAGGAGCUCAAGUCGCACAACACCAAGCUCAUCGAGUACCUACGCGAAGACGCGAUUCUGCAGCGCCUUCUUGAAUACGUUGUCGCGCCGAAGCUGGAGACUAUCGCAUCCGACGAAUAUGAUAUUGACGAAGACAACAAUGACGACAAGGGCAAGGAGGCCGAGGAGCGGUCUCACUUGCUGACGCGGAUGAGCUCCGAGGACGAGGAGGAUGACAGGGAGAAGAAGCGAAACCGAUACGCGUUCGUGGCGGCCGAGAUCCUGGCGUCCGAUUCGUGGUCGCUGUCAGCCGCGCUUUUGGAGAAUGAAGCGUUCCUACGCAAGUUCUGGGAGUUCCUGGCUUGCCCGCCGCCGCUUGAUCCUCUGCAGGCUGGUUACUUUACGAAAGUUAAUGAGGCUUUACUUGAUAAAAAGACCGAGGAGAUGUUGGAGCUGUUUAAGUCUAUUCCCGACGUUGUGGAGAACAUGCUUCAGCAUGUUGAUUCCCCGAUGGUUAUGGAUUUACUGCUCAAGAUCAUCUCGUUAGAGAAGGCCGAGGGCGGACAAGGAAUUGUAGACUGGCUGCAUUCGCAAGACCUAAUGCCGACUCUACUGUCAUUUUUGUCGUCUGAGCAUUCAUGGGCCACCCAAACAUCAGCCGGAGACUUCCUUAAGGCCAUUAUUACUAUUUCCGCUAACGCGUCCCAGAAUGAGCAGUCCUGUAUUGGACCUAAUGAGCUCACUCGCCAGCUGGUCUCGCAACCCUGCGUCGAGAAGCUGAUCACCGAUAUGCUCAAGGGCGGCAACCCGUUGACGGUUGGCGUUGGCAUCGUGAUUGAAGUUAUUAGGAAGAACAACUCUGAUUAUGACCCCGAAGUUGGCACAGAGUGGCAGAUGGCUCCGUCGAGCCGCGAUCCUAUUUACCUCGGAACGUUGCUACGCAUGUUCGCCAAGCACGUUCCUGAUUUCAUGGCUCUUAUCCUCAGCCCUGACCACACAAUUGGCAGCAAUGACGGCCCUGUUACUAUUAAGAGGAAGGAACUUAACGCUGCAUUCGGCGGCAAGGUCGAGCCUCUCGGAUUUGAUAGAUUCAAGACUUGUGAGCUUAUGGCGGAGCUGCUGCACUGUAGUAAUAUGGGUCUGCUCAACGAGCGCGGCAGCGAGGAGCUCGUUAGGGCUCGUGACGCCGAGCGCGAGAGACUAAGGGCAGAGGGAAAGCUAGCGUCCCCAGGGGACCGCUUCAACCUCGAGAGCGACGACCUGACUAUGAGGUCCUCAGACACCAGCCGUCUUGGAUCCCACUCACCUGACGAAGGACGCAGACUCGGGGUGCAGAAUGCCUCCGACGAUGACGGUUUUGAAGAAGUGACACACGCGCAAGACCUCGGCGACGACGCGAAAGACGACUUUGAUGAGAAGUUGGACACGGAGGAUGAGCUGCUCGCCAAUAUUAAGACGGAGAACCUCCCCUCGUUCUUGGAUAAGGAUGAUGACGAAUUUGUCGACGAGCCGUUGAGUUCUCCAAGGCUGAACACUGAGGUGGAGGCCCUUCAACCGGCUGCUGUGGACACCUCGCUUACUGUCGCGCCACUUUCGCCAACAAAGGAUUUGUCUGAGAAGGUUAAGGACCUGGAUGUGAGCGAGGAACCAAAGGAUGCGGAUGCCAAACCGCCAUCUUAUGAUGAUCACUCGAAGGAUGCUCCUGUUUAUCCAGAUGAGCAGGGCAAGGAAGCUCUAGAUGCGGCUAUUAGCAACCAGGUUGAACAAGAGGCAGCUGCUAAUGCCGAGGAAGCCGUUAAGACCGAGGGACCUGUAGAGGCAACCUUUGAGGUUUCUGUUCGUUUGGAAACCACCGAGGAUGUUCAGACACCUCACCCCGACGAUCGCCCAGCGCCUCUGUUUUCCCAGAAGAAGACUGGAACUCCCGAAGCGGAAGCCCCUAUCGCGGAAGCUCCCGAAGCUGAGGCUCCUGUUGUGGAGGGAGAACCCCAAUCCACCGUUCAAGAAAUUGCUUCCCAGGUCCCUAUUCCGGAAGAUGUUGCGGUAGCAGCUGAAUUCAGCGGUACUGAGGUCGAGGAUUCUACUAUGGUUGAUGUCGACGGCACUAUCCGGUUAGAUAAUGCCGAUGGUACAAACCCUAUCGAGAUCGAAGAUGACUUCUCGUCGUCUGUGGUUGGAGACUAUCUCAAGAUGCAAUUUGUUGAGCACAGGGUUGUGCCAACGAUUUUGGAUUUCUUCUUCAGGUUCCCAUGGAAUAACUUCCUGCACAAUGUCGUCUACGAUGUUGUACAGCAAGUCUUCAACGGACCCAUGGACCGUGGAUAUAACCGCAACCUUGCUGUUGAUCUCUUCGAGACUGGCGAUAUUACGAACAGAAUCGUCGGAGGGCAGAACAUGAGCGAUGAAGCUCAACAAUUAGAUCGCAUGCGCUUGGGCUACAUGGGCCACCUAACACUCAUCGCAGAGGAGGUAGUGAAGUUCACCGAGCGACACCCACCGGAGCUUCUGUCGGAGUUGGUUCUUGACAAGGUCCUCAACCUCGACUGGAACCACUACGUCGAGGUGACCCUCGCCGAAACAAGAGAGCGCGACAACGCGAUCCUAGGUGGCGUCCGACCAGACCAGAACCUCGGGCCCCGCCAAGCAGUAAUGAACGCCGUCAACGCAGCCAGCGGCGGUGGCUCAUCCGCCCUCGCCGACGCGGGCCUAAACGGCAACUCGACACUUGACGGAAUGGACCUCUCCAACGGCAGCGGCACAUCCGGUAGCGGCUUCGGCCUCGGUGGCGGAUCCCUGCUUAGCGGCUUCGGCAGCUCGAGCGACGAAGAGGACGAGGACAUGGACGAGGACAUGAACGACGAUGACGGGAUGCGAGGCGCGAAUGUCGGCGGAGCUGAAGUGGGUGUUUUCAAUUCUGAGAUUCUUUCCCUGCGUCGACCCCAUGACGAUGAUGAUCUCGAUUUGGAGUUGAUGAAUCACGAGCCGCCGCUCGCGUACGGACCUCUGUUUCCGGAGGACUGAGGCGACGCGGUGUUUUGUUUGAUUCUCUGUAUAACUUCUUUUUUGCUGGUUGAGCGAUGGAUGCGCCUGAUAGAAUGUCAGGCGCCCGCGUGGUUUAUGUUUUUUUCCCGCUACAUCUCCAACCCCUCAACCACAACCGCAACCUCCGAAACUACCGCGCCCUCCGACAUUGACCCCCCCGCCUUCGCCCCUCCCCCCCCACCACCCC